UUUAGAGAAGGAAGAAAUUUUUGGAAUUCAGGAAACAAUGAAGGAUGCAUUGCAUUUCAUAUUUGGUCUCUUUGGCAAUAUUACAGCUUUGGCUUUGUUUUUGGCUCCUAUGAUUACAUUCUACAAAGUGAAAAAGAGAGGUUCUACAGAGGAAUUCUCAGGCAUUCCCUAUGCCCUCACCACUCUAAACUGUCUUCUAUAUACCUGGUAUGGCCUUCCCUUCAUCACAGCACACAAUAUCCUGAUUGUAACAGUGAAUGGAGCAGGAGCUGCUCUGGAAUUCUUUUACGUUUGUGCAUUCUUAAUAUAUGCCCCACCAAAUCCCAGGAUCCAACUGAUGAAAAUCCUCUCUGGGAUUUUAGGGUUGUUCACCAUAGUUGCAGUUAUAUCAUUGUUUGGGCUGCACCAUCAUAAUACAAGGAAACUAUUCGUGGGUUCAAGUGCAACUGUUGUUUCUGUGUGCAUGUUCGCCUCUCCUUUCUCAAGCAUGAGAGUGGUGAUCAGAACCAAAAGUGUGAAGUAUAUGCCAUUCUUUCUCUCCCUCUGUGUGUUCUUGUGUGGGACUUCAUGGAGUGUGUAUGGUAUACUUGCCAAAGACCCAUUUGUUGCUGUUCCAAAUACAAUAGGAGCAUGUCUAGGGCUGGCGCAGUUAGUGCUAUACUUCAUCUACAGGGAAUCUGGUGCCCCCAAAUCUGGGGGAGCUGAAAAGAUAACAUCAGAGAAGUUUGUUGAAACUUGUGGUGACAAAACCCUUUAUAUAGAGGCCAAUGCUAAUAUGCCAAAUGAAACUUGCUAACUUCUGGGUUAUAGGCAUUUCGCCAUUUAUAUGCAAUCCCACCUUAAUUGACUGUUACAAGUGGAGUGAAGGACUUGAAUUCAUUUUUUCAGUUAGUU